UGACGUCACGGGGAACUUUGAGGCGCUCCUGGAGUCGGGCGCCGGCAGAUGGUCGCAGGCUGCCGAAGGGAGCGGAGCAGACCGCGGACCUAGGCGCCAUGAGCCGCCCGCUGCAGCCCCCUCCCAAGCGGCUCCUCCUGCACGAAGACAGCGCCGCCCCCAGCGCCGCCAAGUGCGCCCGCCUGGCCGUCGAGGGGGCGCCUUCUCCCGCUGCUCCUCCGUCCCCUGCUCCCCAUCCGGACUGCCUCAGCGCCCCGGCUUCUCCCGCUUUCCUCUCCCCGCCUCCCGGACCCGGAGCCCAGGGGCCCAGCCUGGUGGCCGGGUAUCUCCUCCUGCCCCUGCCCGACAGGGAGUCCGUCUCCCGGGCGCUGGAGAUCAACACCGGGCGGGAGCUGCGCUGCAAGGUCUUCCCGCUCAAACACUACCAGGACAAAAUACGGCCGUACAUCCAGCUGCCGUCCCACCGAAACAUCACUGGGAUUGUGGAAGUAAUUCUCGGCGAGACCAAGGCCUACGUCUUCUUUGACAAGGACUUUGGAGACAUGCAUUCCUAUGUGAGGAGCUGCAAGCGGCUGCCGGAGCAAGAAGCUGCCCGACUCUUCAAGCAGAUUGUUUCGGCUGUCGCUCAUUGCCACCAGUCGGCCAUCGUUCUGGGGGACCUUAAACUUAGGAAAUUCGUGUUCUCUAGUGAAGAAAGGACACAGCUGAGAUUAGAAAGCUUGGAAGAUACGCACAUCAUCAAAGGCGAGGAUGAUGCCUUGUCGGACAAACACGGCUGCCCAGCCUACGUCAGUCCGGAAAUCCUGAACACCACAGGGACUUAUUCCGGAAAGUCAGCAGACGUUUGGAGCUUAGGUGUGAUGCUGUACACCCUCCUCGUGGGGCGCUAUCCUUUCCACGACUCGGACCCUACCACUCUGUUUUCUAAAAUCCGGCGCGGACAGUUCUGUAUCCCUGACCACAUCUCGCCCAAAGCCCGGUGCCUCAUCCGUAGCCUCCUCAGGCGGGAGCCAUCCGAAAGACUCACGGCUGCAGAAAUCCUGCUCCAUCCUUGGUUUGACGCAGUUUUGGAAUCUGGGUAUGCUGACCAGGACACAAGAGCCUUUGAUCAGAUUGUUCCGGAGAAGUUGCGAGAAGACGACGACAUCAGUUCCUUUUUUUGCUAGCUCAGAAUUAUUAUUGUUGUUGUUAAUAUUUUGCCUCGGAGAGGAGAGAGGGAGAGACCCCUCAGCCUUGUACUUUAAACUUUAAACUUUGUUUUGUUCUGUUCAUUUUCUGUGUUGCAAACACAUACCCUUCCAAGAGCUUCUGCCCUCAAUUAUCCUCUUUCUAAGGAAACUUGCAAUCUGACUAAACAAACAAACAAAAAAAGGUGUAGCCCUUAGCCUGCUUAGCCUAGGGGUAAUCUUUCAAUAUUGAGCAUUAUGGACUUGCUUAGGGAUGACUUUCUGGAGCAAAUGGAUCUGCCCAUAGAAGGGUGUGACUGCAUCUUUAGGCCUUGGACAUUUGAGCUGCAAUUCUGAAGGGAGGGGGAAAAGGAGUAUCUUAUUCUGGAUUUUGAUGGGAGAUCAGUCUGACUCAUUUGGAGUAAGCAAUCUGAGGACUGCAGCCUUACUUGGCCUUCCUUUUCUCUAGCAAAACAGCUUUGGGAGGUGCUGGGCUCCUUCUGUUGUCUUCAGAUCCAUGUGGUCUUGCUACAUUUAGCAGGUUUAUGCUGCUGGGGCUGCCUCGCAAGAGUCAGCUGGGCUCUCCUGUGUCACUCAUACAUCAUAAAAAUGGCAGGGCUGUCAGACGGGCUUUGAUUACAGAAUCGUCUUACCGGUGAUGUAAGAGAGCGGAUACAGCCAUGCUACUUCUGGUGCCAGAUGAGGUGGGUGAUAGUCACAGCGCAGAAAGUAUUGGGAUUCUCUGUGUGCUUAUAUAACUGAUUUGAGGUCGGACCUUCCAACUUGGCAGAAUCAUCAAGCUUGGUCAAGCCAAACUUUUGGCUAACGUUGGCUAUGCUAGCGGAAGGGUCCUGAGAGCCGUAAUGCACGAGGAAGUAUCAUUUCUAAGCUAUCAAAAUGCCAUCUUUAAUCAUGCAGUUCUACACUUCCUCUUAGAUUGUUCUGAAGGAGAAAUCAGAACCACUUGAAACCAACAGAGAUCUUGUCAUUGGCUUUGAUGGGAUAUGUGUGGAUUCAGGUGUAAAGCUCAUAUCUGACCUUGUUCCUCUGUUUUCUGCAUACCAUUUAAGCAUCCUGUUUGAAGCAUAACUUUUAAAAUACUUUUUAAAAAAACGUUGAUCAAGUGAGCUAUAUUGCUUUCCCCCCUGGACUUUAUGGUCUUUCCUGUCUGGGUGCAGUUGCUCAGAAAAUACCAUCAUGUGCCCAGAUAUCAAAAUACACCAGCGAAGGGUGGGGUGUCCAAGCCUGAGAGGCAUAGAUAAGCCCUAUCUUGUUGCAUGCACUCAAGUAUGUUGGGUUUUUUUAUGUAGGUUUUGCUCUUUAAUGUAUUACAUCAUUAUUUUGCAAAGCUUUGGAGGUUCCUAUCUCAUUUUUGGAGUACAGAUUUUCAACUCACCCCACUGGAGUUCUGGCAGUUGAAGUCUUUAAAAAAAGAGCUUUGUCAUCCUCUGUCAUACAAAAUAAAGAACUCCUUUCAGAGUGACUAUUUAAGUAACCCCAGAACAAUAUCCAAAUGUUCCUAUUUGACUGUACUAUGCCUCUGGAAAUUUCUUCCCCUUUUUCCAUUUUCACCUGUUUCUUGGCUGCGGUGAGUUUUGCCAUUCAAAUUUAGUGCCAGAUAGUCCUCAGACCAGAAGAAGCAUUAGAUUCCUGGGAAUGGUAAUGAACUUCCUGACAAAGGUGGCUGUUCUGGUUUGUGGAAACAUGCACUUGCCAUGUUAAACAUAAUUGCAAAAGUUCAUUUAGGUUGCAUUUUGCUUUCUCUCCUCAUUUGUCAAACACUGUGUAAGUACCCCAGAGGAAGUUGGGCAUUCAUUGGACCAACACACAUGCUUUUGGACUAAUGUCAUAGCAAAUAUGCUUGCAGGAAUGUGUUUCAUGUGUAAAAAGGAAGCGAAGUUUUUUGAAAGAGUACACCACGUUUUGCAAGCAUUAAUAACUCCUUUAAAUUCUGGACUCAUGAGCAUGGAAACUGAAAGUUGUCACUGACUACAAUUCUCAUAUUCUGUGCAUUAAAUAUGUUUGGUCCUUUUUUUAACAACUUUCUUAAGGCUCACAUCACUUUAAGGCUUAUCUUUGGCUGGAUCUACACUGUUAAACAAUGCAGUUUGAAAUUACAUUAAAUGGACAGUGUAGAUACCCAUAUAAUGCUUUUCCAAAAUAUAUAAACUCAUUAUAUGGGUCUACACUAACCAUAUAAUAACAGUUCCAAACUUUUAUAUGAAAGUGUAGAUCCAGCCUCUCAAAGUCAAAGUGGUGAAGUUCCUGUUCUUGAAAGAGCUUUGUAUACCUUAUGUGCUCUUCUUGCAAUGUUUUGCCAUUUUCUCUUUUUAAAAACUGUAUUUUGUGUGGGUCUCUCUCUGUCCCAGCCCUCCGAGAUGUCAAAGAGCCGUUUAAAUGUGAAUUAUGGCUGGCAAUACUAACUUGAUAUAAUCAAGAGAAUUAGAGAUAAAAGUUUAUUUCUUGACCUUGAUUGCACUAAAGCUCUUGUGUUUGCUUUAAUAUAUUUGUAUCUGUGAUACAGUUGGGUUGUUUUGUUUUAUUUUGUUUUUUGUAAAGGUUCUCAGACCUGCUGACAAGUCUGUAUAUAUUGGUAGGUGGAAAGCUGGCAACACUAUGUUGGAUGUUUGUAAAUAUGUACAUUUUUGGAAAUUGAUAUGAUGAAGUUGUACAAUUCCUGUACAAAAAGUUUAAUAAAUCUGGUUUCAUAACAAA